CUCCUUUUCCAUUUCUCUGGAAGCGCCCCUACACUCCCUGCUCUCUCUCUCUCUCUCUCUCUCUCUCCCUCCCUCCCUCUCUGUUGUGUGUCACCCGAGCAGCCUCCAGCAGGCUGUGUGUGUUUACCCUCGCUUGGCCUGGCAACAGGGGCCGCAUGCUCAGGAUUACCGGAGGCCCUGUCUUUCAUCGCCGCCUGCUCCCUCUUCCUUUUGCCGUUGAAGUCCUGGAUUGUGAGAGCCGUCAGUACAAGAGGAGCCGUGAGGGAGCAGAGUGAUUUUAGGGGCUUUUUUGGUCCUCCCACUACCACUUUUCUGCAUCUUCUCUCUCUAGUGUGACACUCAGUUCAGUCUUGAAGGGUGUAUUUUUGUGAUUUUUGGUCUGGAGUACUUCAGUGUGGAUUUGUGGUGAUUGAAGCAAGAUGGAUCAUUCUCUGUUCGGCUGCCUGCGGAACCCACACGCUCCAGCCCAGACUCUCCACCCGGCCUUCACCCAGUCGUCGCUGGCAUUGCACGGCCGCUCUGAUCACGUCUCCUACCCUGAUUUGCCAGGACCCUCACCGCCAUGCAGCUACACAGGAGAGGAGGGAGGUUUCGGCGGGCUUCAUGCACGCAAUCAUCCUUCUCAGCAGCUGCCCCAUCAUCAACAGCAUCAGCCCGCCUGGCAUGUCCAGCAGAUGCCCUCGCCUGGCAGCACCCGCCACGCCGCCUGCCUUCCUCACCCUGACACUCCUGCAGAGCUGUGCACAUCUGGAGGAACAGCGGGUCAGAAUAUGUGCACAGCAAACACAGGCCUAGGAAACACUGACCCAGCAGGAGCAGUGUGUGGGUCUGGGGACUACGGGCGGCAAACCAUGUCACCCAUAGAACCAGAGCGGAGGAACAGUAAAGGAAAGAGUGACAACUCGGAUUCCCAAGACGGGAGCUAUAAGUCAGAUGUGAGCAGUAAGCCCAGGAAGGAGCGCACAGCGUUCACCAAGGAGCAGAUCCGGGAACUGGAGUCAGAGUUUGCCCACCACAACUAUCUGACACGGCUAAGACGUUACGAAAUCGCUGUCAACCUUGACCUCACAGAGAGACAAGUGAAAGUGUGGUUUCAAAACAGGAGGAUGAAGUGGAAACGAGUGAAAGGAGGACAGCAGGGAGCUGCAGCGCGAGAGAAAGAACUGGUGAACGUGAAGAAAGGAACCCUGUUGCCCUCCGAAUUUGCUGGCAUGGUAGGACUGCAUCACCCUGUAGGCUCCCCGGCCAAUGAGGACGACAGUCAUGACAGUGACCAGAGCUCUGAGCAUGCUCACUUAUGACCUUCUGGAAUCUUCCACCUGAACCUUACAGUUUUCCUCAGGAAUCGACAUUCUUAGGAUUCUAGGGCCUUUAAAACUAGAGCCAUUUAUUAGCAUUUGCUAAGAAUCUGCAACAUCUUUGAGAUGGCAAGCCUGGACACAGACAAAGAAACAAAUACUGGGAUUAUGGAUUAAGAUAAAUGACUGCAAUUUUUUUGUUUGUUUGUUUGUUUUUUUUUUACUUGUGAGCUGUAGCUUUAAAGUUGGAUUUUGUAAAUAAAUGAAAGAUUGUUGUGAACAUUCCACAUAAGUGCCUUGGGGAAAAUUUUUGCACUGUUUUAAGUAUUGCCUUAAUUGAUUGCUACUGUACUGAUUUAAUUUUAAAUUUGAUGAUGUAUAUGAACACUUGCAGCAUUGAGGACGUUGUAUUUUGCCCAAUAAUAAUAAUAAUAAUAAUAAUAAUAAUAAUAAUAAUAAUAAUCAUCAUCAUCAUCAUCAUCAUUCAUCAUCAUUUUCUGAAUCACACUGGCUUUUAAAUGCCCAUAAAUAUCCUAUAAAGAACAGUUACUAGUAUGCUGUGCACUUCUCUCUAGAGCUAGAUAUGCACCAAAACUACAGUUUACUUUGGAUAUUUAGUUAAAUAUUAUAAUUUGAAUGAAUAUCCUAUUAAUGAAAAAUUUACAGUUUUUACAAUAUUUGCAUUGCUUAAUUCCUGCUAGCAUGAAGGCUGUUUAUGAGUAAUUAUGCAUAAUAGAAGAACAGUGCAUUUUAUACCAUUUCUGAUCUGCUCCCUUGGAUGUGUAGUUCAUUUCUUUUUUUUUCCAAUUUAAUAUGUUUACCUUUUGAAUAAACAAGAAUUACAUUUUUCUUGUGCCAUUGACCUGAAUAAAUUUACCACAGGGUUGUUAAAAGCUAUUUCUUUUUUCCCUUUAGAGUCUUGGUUUUCUUAUAAAUAUUAUCACCUCUAAAUAAGUUAAUGUGAUGUAAAUUUGAUGGAAAGGCAUGUUGAAAAACCAAUAUUAUGCUUUGACAUUUCUCUGAUUGCAGAGUAUAUACUAAUUUUUGGAGUAGCAUUUUGAAAUUGGCGUGAGGUUUGAAGAGUCCUCACUUAUGAGAGCAGCUGGUGAUUCUAUCCCUCCAAAAUUUAGAGCGAUUUGAUUUGUGGCUUUACUGUUCCCCCUGACACUCUGGCAAAACCCAGUCUAAGUGGAUUUGUUUUCAGCUGUGGUCUAAGCCAGCCAUGAGUUUUCCUCUGUGCAAGACGGUUUUGAUUAGCUGUACAAUUUAGAUGUUUGUAUAAGAUAUACUGUGAUCAAAGCAAGACACCGAGCAAUGCUCUUGAGAAAACAAUUCGUGGUCGUAAGAAAUGCCUUGCAAAUAUGUUUAGCUGUAGCGUGAUCAUAGCCAUGUCUAAACAACGACAUGAGUAAUAUGGGCUGGAAAAAGUUGCUAUGGACAAACAAAUCAAUAAAAAACAUACAUAAAUAAACACAAAUCAAGACAAAUAUGACUUAGGUAUGAGAAGUAUACCACAGGCCACAAACUAGAUCAUUAAAGUAAAUGAAAGCAAGCAAUCAAAACUUGGAUGAUAUGAUUUUCACCGUGACUGUGUGGUAAAGAGCUAAUUGGAAGCCAUAGUGACUCUCUGUUUUAUUGCAGCUUUGUUCUCUAGAAUAAAGAUUAAAAUAGAAGUUAAGUAAGUAAUAAAACAUGACAGGGCGUGCUGUUAUAGGAAAACAAUCGACAGUCUGACGUGAUGCUGUGUUCCUGUUACCACCGUAAAUUUGAUUAUUUUCCUGCAACAAGGAAAAAUCCAUGAACCAAGUUAGUUCCUGUUCUCACUUACAUUAUAGCAGCUAUAAACAGAAAGUACAAAGUCCUCUGUACUGAAGAACCCUGUGCUAUAAAACUAAUUGACUCUUACAAAGCGCUGACACUGAAGAUUCUUUCCAUAAUUUUUUUAAUAAAUAUCUCUUUACAGAAAGCUUCACCAUAUCAACAGUUAUAAGUUUUUUCUUUUUUUUUUAAUCACCACGCAUUUUUUUUUAUCUGUUUAUUAUUAGCCUUAAGUUAUGCAGAGUGUCAUGCAAGUCCCUGUGCAUGAGGUGUUACUGUAGAAAUGAUAAGGUUCUACCACAAGCUUAUUCAUAUAUACCUGUCAUUUGAAUUACAGCCGGCACCAUUGUCUGUGCUGCUGUUAUAGAACAUUAAUAAACACCAUCUGACCAAUCAGACUAGAGAAUUCAACAUUGCUGUGUGUAAAUAUUAAUAAUGUAUGGUUAGAGCAUUAAAAUCCAGCUCAAUGUACUUAAACAUGACAGACAAAUAUUUCACGAUGUGAUUAUCCUGAAGUAUUUUUUUCACUAUGCUGCUGGAUGAUCUGGGUUCUUAUGGGUUCUGGAUGAUCUGGGUUCUUAUGGGUUUCUUUUGAGUGCUUUUUCUGUCGUAUACAGUCUCCCUGGGCAUUUACAAGUUCCUAUGUAUCCAAGUUCAGUCAAUCGAUGCAAUGCAAGAGGAUGAUAAAACCGCUGUUGUUUUGGACUGCCUCUGGUCCAUGUUACUUUUGAUCUUGGAUGAACCAUCUACCUUGACCCCACAGGGAACAGCUUUCCUUUAGCAGGAAGGGAAAUGUUGUCAUUUCACUCUGCCAUGCCAAGAACAACACAGCCAACUGAAGACUUUUCCAUAUUGAAUUUGGGUGUCUGCGUGGCCUCUCAGUGCAAUGAUUUAGGAUCAUUUUCAGUGGAACUGUAGGUGUUGAUGGAUGAUCUGUGCUGAACUAUGAUAGCUAGUGUCACAGUGGUUGUGGGCUUCUGAAUCCAGUGGCUCGGUGCAAGAACAAAUCUUUCACCAACACGGUACAGAUAACGAAACGCCCACAUAUUUGAAAUUAGAUUCAAGCAGCCAUUUUGCUACAGUAGAAGAUAUAUUUCCAAAGUACAAAUGGCCAUGAUUUAAAUAUGUGCAUUGAAUUUCUCACUGUUUCCACAGACAGUCUGGAUCAAAGCCAACUCAUGGUGCAUCUGGGAGAAAUUAAAAUUGCUGUCUAUGAGAAAUGUACAUGUUUGCUCAAAUAAUCGAGCAUAACAAGAGAUCAGGUGUCAUCACAGAUUCUUAGACUUAAUCACAUUCCAUGGCUAUUAUUGAGUAAAAGUCAAUUGUCAUGCUUCCAGACAUAAACAAAUGGUGGUUGUGGUGUAAUAAUAAAAUGGUUUAACCAUGUCACAUUUUUCAGUGACUUAAAAUUCUGAACUGGCAAACUGGAGCUACAUUCCCCUGCAAGUGUUUAAGCAAGAGUUCGAAUUCAUUAUGCUCUUGGAAAGAUUAUUAUAGAAACUCAAACAAAUCUUACAUCCAAAAUCCAGUGCGGUUUAAUGCUGCGGUAUCCAAGAUUGAGGAAUCGUCUAGGGCUCAGGAAAUUGUUCCGAAUCGUAAGAUUAUGGCCGGAUGAUAUCGAAUGACGAAAUGCAGGAAACCACAACCCCUCCAAUAAACUGGCAGGGGACCAUGAGUGACAGCUGUUUUGUCCAUUUAGAGUCUUAUUUAUUGGCACAACAGUGACUUUAACUACAGUAGAUCUGGGCCAAGAACUGAAGGAAAUAGAGCAAAAUGUGACUUCACACCUGGAGCAUUAAAAGACCGAGUCACGCAUAUGACCUCUCAACCAAAAAAAAAGAAGAGAUGAACAUAUCAAAUCUAAAACAAAAGCUAGAAAAUGAUUAAGUGAUAAAGUAAAAUGUCUUAAGAUUUAUCGCACUCAGACAGCCAUUUCAGCGAAACCAUCCAGACACUGUAACAGUAACCAUAUAAACUACACAACGUAUUUCUUGAGUUGAACAUAUGUUUGUUAUUUGUGAUAAGCCUCUAAUCAGGCCAUAUAAAAACAGUAAAAACAGAUAUUUGAAGAGCAAUGAGACAUACGUCUUGAGGUAGACAUUAAUUGAUCUCUCUCUCACUCUCUGUAUAGUUUUUU